AUGACGGGGGAGAGUGCCAGGAGUGUAGUGGAGGAGAGGGUAUGGUGGGCAGUGUGUGAGCGACGUCUGGGCACUUGGGCAUACCUGAUGCUGCUGCUCAUGCUACAUGCCCACCCACCUCAGACAGCUGCCCAGUACACGGAGUCCGGGGCGUGGGUGGGCGUCGAGAACAACACCAUGGUGAACGUGAAGGCCCAGCUCGGCUACACUGCCUUCCUUCCUUGCUCCGUCCGCAUGAUUGGUGACAAACAGAUUUCGUGGAUUCGACGUCGGGACUGGCACGUGCUGACCUCUGGUGUGUUUACCUACACCAACGAUGAGAGGUUCUCCAUCACUCACCGUGACGGUGCUGAUGACUGGACGCUCUCUAUCAAGUACCUACAAGCCAGAGACAAUGGUACCUACGAGUGCCAGAUCUCCACUGGCACAGGCAUCGUGAGCCAGUUUGUCAACCUCAACGUGAUAGUUCCUGAAGCCUUUAUUCUGGGCAACAGUGAAUAUCAUGUUGAGACAGCCUCACCGAUCAACCUCUUCUGCAUCAUCGAGCAGAUAUUGCUUAAACGUUGA